GAGAAGGGGUGGUUUGAUUGUGCCAUUGGCUUCUCGAACAAGGAAGGAUUCGUUCAAGAGAGUUGCCAGCAACACAAAUAUUUUCUACGAUUACUUACAAGCACAAGGAUAUGGCUUGAGGAGAGAGUUCCAAGAAUAUAGAAAAUUCCAAUCCUCCUCGUCUCCGCCAUUUUUCUAAAAAGGAGAAGAGUAAAUCAUGUAUGAAGGAUGUGAAUAUUGAAGAACCAAAUCCACAACAACCACCAACUUUGGAACAACCUCAAAAAGAUCAUCAAGGGAAUCAAGUUAGCCCAAUAGUUGGAAUGGAACACCUCACUCAUGCAUUCCUCGACAAUAUUCCCGAGCAAUUUAAAGCCAAUCUCUUAUUGCUCCAAGAUCUUCUUCAAGGAAGAAACAUGUGCCUCAACUGGAUCCUUUUUGCUUAGCUUAGGAUAGAAGAAGUCAUUUGUUCC